GGCUGAGAAGCUCUGCUGCUGGUAAUUAAGGUUGCCCGAAGACUCAAAGUAUUCUGGGCCUGCGUCUUGACCAUCUCUACAGAUUUUUCUUCUGCAAGCCACUGGAAGCCAAGGCUGUGGAUCUUCCCUUGGCUAACUAAUACAUUGUUUUUCUAUGGCCCAGAGAUUGCUCUUGGAUACAGCAAGAUGUGCUGUGAGGUGCUGUGGCUGAGUCAUUAACUCAAGUAUCCAGCAGUAUGGAAGGUUUUGAAGCCUCUGGAGAGGAGGGAAAGAAGAAAUCUAAGUUUAAAGCCUUUAAGAACUUUUUUAGCAAGAAGAAGAAGAAAGAACCAGAAGAAAUCCCAGAAGUGGCAGUGCUAAAGCCCAGGUUUUCCAGCAGCAGUGUUAGUGGGUCUUCUCUGCAGCCAGCUCUGGAAAAGCAAGUGAUGGAGUCCAAGCCAAAGAGUGGCAUGGGAGUCAAGUCCAUAUCCCAUGACAGUGUCUUCUGUUUGGAUCCUGAGCCUGAAAAAGGAGCAGGCAAGCUACACUCUUCUCCAGCUCCCCACAGAAGCAAAUCACUAAAGAUCAAAUCUCAGCGCUCACAGAGACUCAGCAUCAGCCCACUUAUCCGUUCUGAGAAAGUCUGUGAGGAAUUGGAAAAGUUCUUUGCCAGUGACAGGACAACUACUACCUUCAGAAGGAGGUCUUCACAGUGUUCAUCAACACCAAGGAUGAGCUCUGAACUGUCCUUGGAUCCAGAGACUUCUGAAAGCAGCACUCAGCAAUUCUCAGGUUUCAGCACCCCAGCCACCUCACAGGGCUGCUUGGAUUCUUCAGCUGCUAAAUCCAAGAUAGCUUUAAACCCCCGGAAGCAGAAGAAAAGGAAGUCAACCUCCACACCUGUGAAAGUAAAGCAGGAGGAGCAACUCCAAUCAGUGCCAGCCAAAGAGAAGACUACAACCAAGACAAAAGAAGCUGAGCAAGGGGAGCAGAAAGUGGACAGUACAGAACUAUCAAGCCAGGAGCAAAGCUCCAAAACCGAGACUCAGGAUACGGCAGUAGAUAAGACUCCAAGUACUGAUCCUGCUUUACGACUUAAUCCAAGAAGACGUAGAAGAAGGGCCAAAAAUGAGUGGGAGAUCCUAGAAAGAGGCCUUCUAAAGUCCACUCAACGGUACAGCCUGAACACUAAAGCUGAGUCUUCAGCUAAUAAAGAGAUAGCUGGCAAGGAGCACUCUUUCUUGAAGCUGUUACUGGAGAAGAAAGACAUAGGGCAGCCUACAACUACAGAAGCAGAAGUUACUACUGUCCAGAAGAUGCCAUCAGAUAAAGGGGAUGUGGAGAGGGAAUUGGCCGACAUAGAUGUUGAAGCUCAAAAAGAACCAGCACCACAACCUACAUCUACAGAUGUGGCAGAGUCCAUGAUUAGUGGUCCAUCACCGCACUGUGAAGACAAGAAGAAAAAGGAUAAAGUUGGUGUGUUGCCAUGGAUCAAAAAAUCUACAAGCCAAAAAGAGGUCACUGUCUUGAGGAAAGAAGAGGUCCAAGUGCAUGUGCAUCCUUCUCGAGUCUGUGGAGAAGGAGAGGAAGCAUCAUGUCCUGAAUUGCAAAGGGUUCAACCCCAAAUGAAGGUAUCAUUGGAGAGCACAACUUACCACAAAGAGAAGCAUCCAAGAAGUGGUCUCCCGGUCCCUUCUACAAGCAUUUCAAGUGCUACUGCAGAAGAUGAUGUUUCUCCAAAGAUGAAUCUGCCUCUCCCUCUCAGAAGGCGACCAAAUACAGGGGAAACCUCCUCAGAUUCGAAGAGUACCUCAGAAUAUGAGAGUAGUUCUGAAAUGCAACUGAGUCCUGCACAUUCUUUCAAACCGACAAGAAAGCCUAAAGAUGAUGCUGGUGCUGGAACUGCUGAUGAUGAAGAAGAUGGAGAUGAUGAGAAAGAAGAGAAAGACAAUGAUGAUGAUGAUGAAGAAAAUGUCUUCCUCAAAUCAGAAAAUGUAGAUGUAGAAGUGAGCAAGAUGGAGAAGCAGCAGGCUCUCAGAUAUUCUUCUAAGUUACUAGGAAAACCCAAAGCUAGAGAGGCCUCUGCAAAACUAGAGAGUUCUUCAGAAGAUGAGAGAAGUUGUGAGGAAAUGACAUCUGCCCAUUCUUCCCAGUCCUUGGAAGAGUUUGAAGAAUGCUCAGAAUCAAGAGGUUUCAUCAGAGGUUCCAUCUCUGAAGAGCGGCCAGCAACCAGGUGCCAUUCCCAGGCCUUGCAGGAGUUGGAGGAAAAGGAAGUCUCCACAGAAUCAAGUAGUUACAUUGAGAAGUACGAGAGUUCUGAGGAUCUGAGCAGCUCAGAGCAAGAGCAGCAAGUGCCUCCAGUUUCAAAGAGUUCUCUAAAACAGUGGAGUGCUCCUGCCAAGCCAGUGCACCCCAUACAAACUGCUCAGCAACAACCUCCCGCCAUGGUGAACAUUUCUGGAGGACCAAAGAAAUCUGGAGAGCCACUGUCUCCCACCCAGACUGUCAAGUCACGGCUGAGAUCUCAGUCUGAGUGUCAAGUUCUUGCAGAGCCAGAAGGUGUUGUUGCUGCUGACUGGGACAUUUUAAUGCAGCCCCCACCCAGGCCAAGACUUGAGCAAGAAGUUUCUGCAGGUCCAGAACUUACUGUUUUUGAAAAGAGUAUUGCUGUACAGCCUUCUGGAUAUCCUCCUCAGCCUUCAGUGAAACCAAGCAUCAAGAAAGAAAUAUCGUUGGGUGCAGAAAGUGCUCCCUUGGAGUCCCCACCUCCUCAGCAUCAUUUUCAGCCACUAUUGAAGCCCUUCGUAAAGCAACAGGUAUCUGCUUUUGAAAGAGUUAUUUCUAUGGAUCCAAAGCUUCCAACACAGUUCCAGCCACGGAUGAAGCCUCAAGGAAAGCAAUCAUUUUCUUCCACUCCAGAGAGCACAGCAUUUGAAGGGAGCACUUCUGUGGACCAUAUGACUCUGACCCUUUCCCAGCCUAUGCUACAGCCUUAUCAAGAAGUGCCUUUAGAAUCAGAGACUGUUGCUGCUAAAAUGAUUUCCACGGGCCAACUACAUUCCAAAUAUUCUGCUCACCCCUUAUCAAGUCAUCAAAGCCAACCAGUCCCAGAAAGCACCUCUGCAGAAGGAGAGGAGCUGCUGCCUUCUCAGCCUUCAGUGACACCCAAAUUCCAGCCACUGAUGACCCAAGGCAGUAUUCCUUCUGCAUGGGCCAUUCCUAUUUAUUCACCAGCUCCCAGAAUGGAUUCUAAGCCCUUGAUGGGAUCAGCCAUCGCUUUAGAGUCAAAACCUUCUAGGUACUCUUUGCAGCCAUGGCAGAGCACGCCAUUUGAACAAGUGUCUGUAACCCCAGAUCAUGAUCCUGCUGCUGCUGCCGCUUCAUGGAGCCCUCCUAUUGAUCCACCAACUUCCAGAAUACCUUCUCAGCCCUUGAUGAGAUUAGCUGUCAAGCAACCAACCUGUACAGAGUUAGCAAGUGUUUCUGUGUCACAGAGCAGCUCUCUGGAACGACUGUCUUCCAGAUUCCCCUUCCAGCCAAGAGCAGAUCCAGAGCACUAUGGAGCAGAGGAAGGAGUUGCUACAUUGAGGAGAUCUAGAAGGCAUCAUUCUCAGUCCCCAGUGAGAUCAGAAUUCAAGGAAGAAGUUUCCUCAGGUUCUCGAAGAGCUUUUGGAGAACGGAGCAUUUCUGUGGGAAAAAUGCCUCCCAAAUAUGCUCUUCAGCCAUGGUUGUGCCCCGAAUUUCAGCAGCAAGCCAAAGAGGGGGAUGUUUUGAGGAAGGCCUGGCUUUCGGGACAUCCUUCCCAAACCAUUAGUAAACAUAAAGUCGAGAAAACACCACUGCCUCCCAAAUGUCCCAGCCCAUUCUUAACCAGAUCUAAAGUUCAGGAAAUAUCUUCACGUCUAGAGAGUGUUAUUGCUCAAGAGAGCUCCAAGAAACCACAGAGAGGCAGGCCACCUUCCAAGUCCUUUGUGAACUUCAUGGCACAGCAAGUAUUUUCAGAGAGUGCUCCUAGUAAAGUGGUCCUUCAUCCAAAGCCUGUUGCUCGGGGCCGAAGACGUCCUUCCAGAUCCCUGUUGAAGCCUAAACUUGACGAUUAUGCUUUCUUAUAUAAUUGGGAUAAUGAACCCAAGGAAGAUACCACAUUGCAGAAUCUGCCCAUGAAGCAGCCUUUUCAGUUAUCCAGAAAGCCUGAAGAGCCCCAAGAAGUUCUGCCAUUUUCGGAGGGUGCCCCUGUGAAGUGGAACACUUCUGCCAGGGGUAUCUCUCAGGCCCUGGGGAAGCUCUCAGUUUCUGUUAGUCUUCCGAAUGAGUGGAAGAGUUCUGAAGGACAGCUGCCUUCCACACAGCCGUCUCAAGCCUUUGAUGUAGCUAAGUUGCAGUCACCGGUUUUACCAGUGGACUCAGCAAAUGUUCCUGUGAAGUGGAGAAUUUCUGAGGGCCAUCAGCCUCCUCAGUCUUUCUUUGUUGACUAUCAGCCACAAGUUUCUGUAGACUCUGCCAGUGCUGCUGCUAAAGGAGCCAGCUGCUGGCCCAUGCUGAAAGACUCAGCUUCAACAACAAAUGUCAAAUACAGUCAAGGCUACAAGGAUUUCACUAAAAGCACCCCAACUUCUGUUAUCAAACCUGCCACGUUCACUUCUGCUCCUGCCCAGAAACCAAUGGUUUCCAUGGGCACUUAUUUUAAGGAUGAGGUUCCCAAGUGUUGUGAUGAAACUGGAACUUCUUCACUCCUACCCACCAGCAAGGCUGAUGUCGAAAAUGUUUUUGGAGUGCGGUUGCGAAGUACCUCACAGAAGAUUGGAAUGAAGAAUCCGGAUCCUUGCAAGCCAUUUGUCCUCAUUUCAGCAGCAGCAAGGAAAGAACAAGCAAACAAAGGAGAUCUCCAGGGCUCAGUUGGAGGCUCAAAGCAGUCCAGACCAGCAUUUAGCUUUGAGAAGAAGCAAGGGAAUUGGCCCAGAUAUGAAGGCACUUUGAAGAAGUCAGAAGUUUUCAGGCCUCCAGGAGAGACCUCUAUUUGGAAGGCAAAUUCCCCUGUGGAGCCAGCUUGGAUCACCACGUUAAAACAGCGGCAAAGGGGCUUUGUAUCCCAAUUUUUUAAAAAACACAGGACCAGAUCUGAAAUUAGUGUGGUGACCAAGGAUUCUAGAUAUGAGGAAUCUAAACACAUAACUGAUAUCCCACCAAAGAAGACUUUUCUUUCCAGUUUCCCCGGAUGUGCGGUGCCACAUUUAAGGCACUUUCCAAAAUCAGUUGCAUUUUAUGAUCAGAAGAUGCUUCACCCACGUACCAGGGAAAGACUAACCAGACGAUCUUUGAGUCUUCCACCCACACUUCCACAACGUGAGGAGCCUGAGUGGUUUUCAGUGGCCAAGAAGAAAGCCCAAGCAUGGAGCCAAAUAGCAAAUAUCAUGCAAUAAAUAGCUCCUAGAUGGAGCAUCAGCAUUUUCAGUAAUAAUUGCCUGUAACUAUGGUAAUUCCAUAUAAUAUUUUUUGCCAGGGCUAGUUUUUAUUAGGGAAAAUAACUUUAGAAAUAGGAAUUAACAUUUUUAAUUAUUCAAAUGAAAUAAAUGCUAUUAACAUCUAACCCUCAGUAACUGACCACCAACAUCCCCAAACCCAGCAUGUUCUCCAGAAAAGCUAUGUUACAGAAUUGUAAAAUCAUUAACUUUAGAUAUUGUACCUUUAAAGAAAGGAAACAACCGUAUUUUGCUUCAGCAACUUAAAGGUUGCCAUUUCUUUCAAUCAAGUAAUUUCAGUGGAAAGAGUCAGGUGAUUUAGCUCAAGGAUUGGAUGUACUUUCAACCAAGCAGGUGGCAAGUUCAGUAGUUAGACUGUGUGUCUGCUGCCUCUGGAGAGUGACUUUCCUCUCUGGCUCCAGGCUUAGGGCAGAGAACUCUGUGUAACUCAGAGUCUUAGUUAAUUUUUCUAUUGCUGUAAUAAACUCUCCGAUAAAAUCAACUUAAUGGAGAAAGAGCUUAUUUUGGAAGAAUUCUAAUGUAUAGUCCAUCACUGCAGGGAAUUCCUGGCAGCCAGAACUUGAUGAAGUUAGUUACAUUGUUUUUCCAGGCAAGAAAUGGAAAGUAAUGAAUUGGAGUCCUCAACUUACUUUCUCCCUUUAACAUACAUAGGCCAGGAUCCAAGCCUAAUGAAUAGUGUCACCUAUGGUGGGUGGGUUUUCCCCACCUUAAUUAACCUUUUCAUUUUUAAAUUCUCCACAUUUAUCCUAUCUCUCAGUCUAGCAAACAUUAUAAGAAAGGCACUUUAGAUGCCUUAACAGCAAACCUAGGAUCAUUUUCCUAGAUACAAAGGACAUCUACUUCUGUCACUUGGUGUUUGCUUUGCUUGCACAGAAAUACAGCCUUGAACACCUAUGUUGGAUGCUUCUACAUUCAAAACCAUGUCUAGAGAGGCAAUGAGAUUCUAUAGCUAGCUUAAAUAACUGGUGCUGGGUUUUUGCUGAUGAUGGCAUAAUGAGACACUGUACAACAACAUGCUGGAUUUUUCAUUUAAUCUAUAAAACACCUCUUUAUUUUGACCCUCUAGAUUUGCCCUUUUGAUAGUGUUAAGGUUUUGAAUGACUGGAUUUCAUUCCAUAUAUAUUACCAUAGUGAAUAAUUUGUUUAAAUCAAUGCCCUUAACAUAUGUAAUUCUAGUACACCAGCUCUAACACUUCCCUUCCCCAUUUUUGCCUAUACCUUCAUUACAUCAUUCUCACUAUGAGAACUCCCCACUAAUAAUAUUUCUUCCAUUACUAAGAAAACUCAGUUUUUAAUCAUAAGGUUAAGUAUUUUUUUAAGGUUAAGUAUUUUUAAUGCUUAGAAAUAUAUUCUGAUAAGUUUCCUUUUUUCCUUUUUAGCUUUCUUUGUUUUUGAUUAGUGCUAAGCAAAUAAACUCAAUAAAGGUU